GUAUAUAUGUGUCCUUACUAUAUUAAAAAUAUAAUAAAAUAAGUAACAGUGAACAAAAUAUUGACUAAUAGCUGAACAAUAAAAUUAAACAUUAUGUUUGCUAUGUUCUUAAAAACUUCGAUUUUAUAUUUUGUGCAAAAAAAUUCAAAAUUUUGCCGAAUGCAUUCCCAAAUAUCCAACUCGAAUUAAAAGAAAAUUGCGUUUUACGUUGAAAGCUUUUCCUAUUCCUAUAAUGUAGCCUUUUCUACGAAAAUAAUUCCCAUUUGUAUGAAAGCCAUGCGUUCCGUUGGAUAGAAGAGUGUCGAAGUAUACCAAUUCUCUUUUUUAAGUAGUGCGGAGCUGUGUUUUAGAAAUGUACACAAGGGUAUAUAUAUGUUUGUACUUUCCGUCUAUGUCGUGUUAUGGACGGGCUGCUACCAUAGUAACUCGGACAAAAGCUUGUAAUUCCUCGAUUUUUCUACUUUAACAGUCAUAUGACACCAAUAUCUCCGUAUACUGUAGCUUAGACGACUGGCUAAGUCCUUUUCCAUUUAAACAGCAAUUACGGCAGUGUUUACCUUUCAGUUAAUAUAAACAUUCAGAUAUAUUGAUGGCAAGUUCCUGUACAUGGUUUGAUUUAUUUCCAAUACCUUUGCUCAAAUUAUUUGGUGUAGAAAAAUUGAAAUACCUCCACGCACAUCGACUCUUUAUCGUUCGUUCCUUUAACACAAACACUUUUUCAGUUAUGCACUAAGGGCGAUUUUACGAUUAAGUAUCAGUCGGUGGUGGCGGUCGAGAAAGGUCAGAACUUUCUUCUGGAGUGAAUUUUUCUUUCGCGUACGUUUAUUAAACAGCGAGUCCUUGAUUGUACGAGUACAUGAACUUUGGUUUUCUCCAUCCAAGUUUAAUUAUUUUAUAAUACGACGAAUUGUUAACACUAUGUGAUAUAAAACUCAACACAACACGAAUUACGUAUUGUGUAGCAAAACAUUAUGUUAUAUAAAACGCUUUCUCCAGUUCAAACGCGGUGGUGAUAAAUUAUCAAACUUAUUCAAUGAAGUGUAAUAAGUACAGUGAUGGUGUAGAGAGCUGGGUAGAAGGGGAGAGUAAGGUGAUCAUUAAAUAUGCGUGAAAUAGCGCCACCGCCAAAACCUCCGCGUUGUUAUAAUAUUAUGUCGGUGGUGGCAGCAACUAUCAGCGACUCGUUGCAGGCGAAAGCAGACUCUUUAAAUAAAACAAAAAGUGAGUCUGCAAUAAAAACAAACAUAAAUUUAUUUGCCAGUUCCUCAGCGAAAACACAUGAGAGUAGAUGGAAUGGAAAUGGUUACAAGGCAAAGUCAAAUUAUCGAUUGGUGAGGGGCUGUUCCCGCUUAAUGUAUGCUUGUCAGAAUGGGCUAACGGAAACCGUUGUUCGUGAAUUAAGAACAAAGCCAGAACUUAUACGCCAGCGAGAUAAAAAUAAUAAGAGCGUUCUUCACUAUUGCACAGGGGGGCAAACAAAUAUCGUGGCUGCAGCGAGCGUAGCCGUCGCAGCUCCAGACCUUCUGGAGUCUGUGGACGAGGAUGGUUUUACACCGCUUCACUUAGCUGUUAUUCAGGGUAACUUGGCUAUGGUCAAUUUGCUCCUAGCGAACAAAGCUGAUGUGAAUGCGGUCGAUAACGAGGGCCAUUCUGUUGUCCACUGGGCUACAGUUUGUGGAGAAGUGGAGGCGUUAAGAUCUGUUCUUCAAGCUGGCGCUAAUGUCAAAACCCCUGAUAUAAAUGCGGGAACUCCUCUUCAUUACGCAGCGCAAAUGUGUGGAGCAAAUUACGAAAGUAAGUUGGGACAAGCAACUUCAUCGAAACUGGCUUUCGAAAUACUAGACAUACUACUGUCACAUCCUCAGUCAUCGGUGGACAUUACUGAUAAAGAUGGUAGAAAACCUUUGCUUUGGGCCGCAUCGGCUGGAUCCGCUAGGGCCGUGAUUGCCCUUGUUAAGGCUGGAUCGAGAGUAGAAAGCGCAGACAAAGAUGGCCUAACAGCUCUUCACUGUGCUGCUUCCCGAGGGCAUACGGAAUGUAUAGACACUCUAAUCAGCUUGUGUGGGGCACCUACAGACCUGAUAGAUGCCAAUGGUUGCACGGCAUUACAUUAUGCAGUGACUCUGGGACAUGCGGAUGCCACAUCAAGGCUUUUAGAACUUGAAGCUGAUCCAAACCGUCAAGAUAGGAAGGGGCGAACACCAGCACAUUGCGGUUGCUCUAAAGGACAAUUUGAAACAGUAAAACUUCUCAAGGAAUGGGGUGCAAACUUAUGGUUAAGAAAUGCAAAAGGGGACUUACCACUCCAUGAAGCUGCAUCAUCUGGGCGCAGGGAGUUAGUCGAGUGGUUUUUAGAACAAAAACCCAAGCAAGUUAACACAACAAGCAACGAUGGACGAAGCCUUUUGCACAUUUCUGCUUCCAACGACAAUGCUGACAUUUGCAAACUUCUCCUGGACUAUGGUGCUGAUGUGAAUAGCAUUUUGCGAAACUCCAGAGGAGUUUCUAUCACACCGCUUGAUUGUGCACUUCAAAAAGGAUUUAGGUCAACAGCUAAAUUCUUGCAAUCCAAUGGAGGGCUUCCUGCUAGUAAACUUCGUUUAUCAGCAAGGAACUCCAAUGCUUUUAAUGUCGCAGACCAAGUUAAACCCCUUAAAUACGUUGAAAAAGAAGAGCUUCAAAAUAUUAAGGACUCUACCAAGUGUGAGGUGUAUUCAAAUCGCUCCGGGUCAGGAUCAGGUGCGCAUUGCAGCUGCAACGAGCAUAUUUACAAAAAAGAACGCACGUACAGUCACACUUGCAGGCAUCAUAAAAACAAAUUGCGUCGACGGACAAGUAGUUGUGGAGAGGCAAAAAUUAUUUGCAGAGAAGAUAGCUUCAGUGACAUAUGCCGUUCCAAAAGCAAUAUAGAAAUCCAUCGGAAAAGGUCUCGUGAACAAGUAUUUUAUACAAGUGAAAGUAAUUUGGAUUCAUGCGAAAACUGUUGCCAUCAUAGAAAAAAACACAGAUUGAUAAAACGAAAGGAAAGAACUUCACGCCGAGCAAAAGCUGUUCAAGAUUUUAAAAGGUAUAACGAUGGAAAAGGCAAAGAAUCACACGAAGAAGAACAUAAGUACAAAGAAUCCUUUAAAUCCAAUGCCAAAUCAAUGCCUGAUUCCUCAAAAAGACCUCUAUCACGACCAUCUUCCAAAACGUCAAACAACAAUGAUCCUCAAUUUGCCAAGAAUGAGCAAACAGAUGAUAAAGUUACUUAUAUUCCACCGAUCCAGCCAGUGAAUAUGAGCUUGACAGACGAAGAUGGGGAUAAUUUAGAAAGGGCUGAGCAGGUGGGUGUCACCCAGGCUGACGUCCAUACCAGUGUGGAGCCAGCAGCUACACAAUCUACUAUAUCCGAUAGUACUUCCAAGAUUCAGCAACAGGAGUGUACCGAACCAGAAAUGGUCACCGUUGAAGCCAUUUCAAAAGAAGUAAACAAUGUCUUAGAGUCUGCUGCAAAAAGUGUGACCGUAAACAACAUCGAAAAUCAACCAAGCACAACAAAAACUGAAAACGAAGAAAGGCCAGCCGAUGAAAACAUUCAAACAAUAAUUGAAAAUACUUCCUCUAUUGAACUACCCGUCGCAGUAACGGAACAAAAUAACGAUGAAAAUUCUGAAAAAAGAACUAAAGAAGACGAAAAAUAUCCAACCGAACAAUGUACCAUCCAAUUUGAUUCCACAGCAAAGGAUACUGAAGGCAAUGAAAUUCCAAAAUCACAACCCACUUCUGAACCUCCAAAAAUGCAAGAAAUUCCGCAGCUGGCAUCCGAUAACGAGGGCAAGGAUUUAAAAGGAGGUGUUCACCCUUUAGACGAUUUAACUAAAGAAAAGCAAGAGAAACCUCCUAUCGAAGCAGAAAAAUGUGCAUUGCAGGAUGAUUCAGCAAACCUUAACAAUGAGGCAUCGCAGCCUAAAACUGAAAAUAUAGUAUCGAAUGAAGUGGUGGCCACAACUUCACAACACGAACAGCCAACACAAUCAACAACACAAAAUCAACGCAGUCAACCAAUCGAGCCAACAAAACCAAAGCAAUCAAUUCAAUCUCCACCAUUCUCUCCAACAAACGAAACAACGCAAAGUAUUCGUGACCAUGAAUCCCGACGUUCAUUUACCCUGCUUCCCGAUUCACCCGUUGAGGUGGAAGUGGAAGCUCAAUCGCGAAAAAGUAGCUUUCAUGUUUUGAAAAGCGAUGAAUCUGUGGACGUCGAUGAUGUUAUGCAGCCGAUGAGGGGAUCCAAUGUCAGAACUUUUCAAAUUGUUUCGGAUGAACAACCUAAAUCUGACUUAAAUGGCUGCGACCUGAGCAGCGAUGGCGAGGCUGCGAUUGAUGAUGGAGAAAACAAUGAUGGCGUAUUUACACCACUUACCACUGCUUCUGCGGUAGCCCACAAUACGUUCAAUGAGUAUAAUAUUGGCAGGAAGCGACGCCUAAAGAAACGCAUUAAAAGUGGUGGCACAAGAGGUCGCAGUUCACUCAAAGUGGCAUCCAGAGUUACAAGAACUCAGCACCAACAGCUAAAUAAAGAUCAAGAUUCUGGCUUUGAGCCAAGUCCACGCGGAGCUAGCACUAAAAUUCCUACUCCCAGGAACACAUACACGGCACAUGUACCACGAAAAGCUAUCUAUACCACUUUGGAUGGUAGAUGGUGCAGCAGCCGCCUGGAAAACCGAAAGCCAGGAGACAAAGGUGCAUGUGAUAUGUCUGCUGUAACCCGUUCAAUUCAGAGGAAUAUCCGCAGGUAUUAUAUGGAAAGGAAAAUAUUUCAACAUCUUCUGGAGCUAAAGAGCCUACAAAUACGUUCCAACAAGCUCAACGAAGCUGUUCUGGUUAAGCGUGCUGUUGACGAGUAUCACAAAUCAUGCUUUACUUUAGGAGGUGAGACCGGUACCACACUGCGAAGAUAUUCUUUCAGCGAGUAUACUUUUAAGAAUUUUGAGAUGUUUUUGUAUGAAACACUCAAGACGCUCCAGAGGCCUGGAACAUUUAAUUUCCAAAAUAUAAAUGAUGUCUACGAAGAGGCUGAACGUAGACUAAGUCCGGACUAUAAUGCCUACGAAAAGGCGUUGCAGUGCACCACGAAAACUCACAGAUGCUUGCAUGCGGCUCAUGCCUACACCGGUAUUCCUUGCGCGGCAUACAUUCCCAUGAUGAAUCACCAUACAAUGCCGAAAUUUGGCUUUGGACCUUAUAAAAAGGCUGGAACCGGAAGUUUUUAUCUGCCCAAAAUCUUAAGCAGCCACCCCAAUUGUGGGAGUAAGGUCUCCCUUGAGCUGUCACAUGGAAAAAAUAAACAGCUUAUAGCACUGCCUUCAGAGAAGUUGGAUAGCAAUAAACGCUAUUAUGUGACAUUUACUGUUAAAGACUCUGGCGGAAAGCAACAAAUUCACGAGUCUCAACAAAAAGAAAACACCACUACCCAUAGCGGGGAAGCAGCUGUUAUGGAUACUGGAUGCGAGAAAAGUUGUGACCAGAACAAAAACAAACAGGACAAGGAUGACAAAUAGACAUCCUUAACUACUUACAUACAAACGCACAACUAGAUUUCUAUAAAAUUAUAUCACCAACCUGCUGACUGUCAGCUUCAUGAGAGAAUAAUAAUGCUGGCAUAAUAAGGAUAUCGAGUUUGUAGGUCCUCGUCCAAACGGUACCUCACAUCUAUUCCAUAUACAGACAAAUACAUAAACCACGAAUACAUAAUAUAAUAUAAACGCAAACACCUGCCAAGUGUACCUAUCUAUAUGUCCAGUCCACGUUCAGUUGUACGAUGUACAUUAUUUAAGUUAGUGACUAUACAUAUCCAUAGAUGGUGAUUUUCUCAUUAGACAAGAAAAGGACGAAAUUAAAGCAAACGGGACAAAGUUUUGCCGUAAGGAGAGCAAGAAAAUUUGAAGUUAUACUUAUUCCAUGUUUUUAUGGUCGAUUCCGUGUUGUGCUUUUUUAUUUAUUUAAUUUUCAGUAUUUUCUAUCUGUGUAGCAACGUUUAUAUAAAAAUAAGUGUGUACGUAUUGUAUUUCUCUGCACACAUUUUCUGCCUAUACUACUUAUUAUGGUAAUAGUAAUAAAUAAAUAUGGUUGUUCAAUAAAA